UUAAUGUAAAUACAAUCUUAGAAUCAAUUAUAAUUUUUCCAAAUCAACGAUCCGCGUUGAAUAGAAAUCAAAAUUAACUGAUAUUAAUAAGAGAAAUAGGCAUCGCGUUGCUGUGCGCAGCUUGGGCGGGCGAAUCCGUGAAUCGGGCUAGAUGGUAACCAGCCAGUCUCCCGCGCGCCGCCGAGAUCGCCGUUUGUGCGUACGUGCCUCAAAUUUGCGCCGCGCGCAACCUUGCCUCGUAAUGAUGUGUACCGAACUUUCUGAGUGCUUGUGAAACUUUGAAAUUUAAUUCGAUUUGUUUGAGGUGCUACUCGGAAUUACGGUGGCAGAGUUUGUUUUGGAGCUUAAUUAAACAAUUACAUCCGGAUUCUUGCUCGUUUUGUGUUUGUUGUUCUUGGAUGACAUAUGAUGAUUUUCCAAGUACAAACAGCGUUACAAGAGUCAUAACAAUCAAUGAUACGAAACAAUAAUUUUGAUCAGUGUUCAGUUUCUAAUUUCAAAAUUAUGCUUCGUUUCUCGCCAUCUAAGUAUAGUGGACUGAGUUUCGUAUGAGAGAAAACGUGUUGUGCCAACAUGGCGCGGACAGCAGGCCUGCUCUUCGUGCUAUGCGUGGCAAUGUUCCCGUUACACCGAGCUGAUAAUCUUGAACUCCUCCUCGGGACUCUCCGAACACAUCAAAAAGCUGCCUGUGAUGAGGAGAUGGUGACCCUCAUUUGUCCCAGGGGGACAACAAUAAAUAUACAAGUAGCCCAGUACAGUGCUUCAGUCACCCAAAGUUCUUGUGCAUCAGAAUUAGCCCAAUACCAACCAGUCGACGUGGAAGUAGUUGGGGACACAUCUUGCACAUGGCCUGGCGCUUUACAGUAUUCCUUGUUACAGACAGUGGUCGAAGCGUGCCAGAAAAAACGCCAGUGCAAAUUUCACACGAGCCCGAAAGCUUUUGGCAUGGACCCCUGUCCUAGGUCCAGAAGGUUUGUGGAAGUCGCCUACAAGUGCCGUCCAUACGAGUUCCGGAGUAAAGUGGGCUGUGAGAACGACGUGCUCCACCUCAGCUGUAACCCCCACUCGAGGGUUGCGAUAUACUCUGCGCAGUACGGCCGCACCGAGUACUCCAUACAGUGCCCCCAACCUCGAGGAAUGAAGGAGGAAACCUGCCUGGAACCCUACGCGACAGAAACCGCCAUGAGGGAGUGCCACGGCAAGAGACGGUGUGUGCUGUCAGCCGAUAGCAAAAUGUUCGGGAAGCCAUGUCGCCCUGGUAGCAGAACAUACCUGAAAGUGGUCUACACCUGUGUUCCGCGGACGGUACUUAAGGAGAGGUAUGAGAGUGCUCCCGAAGAGGACGAGGUUGCACAUGACGUGUCCGAUCUCGAACAUGAUGAUGUCGAUGAUUCCGGAGACCGGUGGUGGGUCGAGUCAGCAGUGCCUCCGGCACCAGCGGUAGCUGGUGUACCACCUCAACGACCUUCUAUGUCCACCAGCAUCAACGCUACAAGUGUCCUGAGAGAUCUACCGUCUGCGUCGCCACCGAAUCAACAAUUAGCUAAAGAUGAUCAGUUUGACAUUAUGUACGUGUACAUAAUAGCAGCGGUCUCUGUGGCACUACUACUCUGCAUCAUCAUUGCAAUCGUGCGGUGUGUUAUGCACAAACAAAACACAGAGCAACCUAAAGGGCCCGAUGUUUCCGCCACCACGGAAAUCCCCAAUGGCUUCAACGACAGCAUAUCAGAAGUAGAUAACGAUAUCAACAUCACUAGCCUUUCCGGCCCGGUAGACACUGUGGACUCAGCGGUCAAACCGGAAAUGCAAUUCACCAACGUAGCCCUCAGCCCGAAGAUAAAUCGGUACGUCGGUCGACCAGUGCCUAAUACGUAUCCACACAUCAGCACCAAUAUGUACGGCCAAGUCGCCGAAUUCCCUAUAGAGAUGCCAUUGCGGACUAUGCCUCACGGCACGCUCGGUCGUGGCGUCGCAGUGAAAACAUUACCCCGUGUGCAAAUGCAAAACGAAACGGACCCUAACACGAGGAGUUUAUAUCGAUAUUCCAACGCGCAGUACUACUUCGGGUGACAACAAGACAAGGGACAGUAUUCGGACGUGUCGAGGACUUACUGUUUCUAGAUAGUGUAAAUAGUACGUGGUUAUAAGUUUGUAAUGUCCUACUUUAAAAUACGGAAACUGUGAUAUUAAUUGAAUCUUUCCUAUUGUACUACGAACUGUACCGAACUAAGGCCACAGAAAGGCACUGUUAUGAAUGUUGCUAGUUAGGAUGUUGUAGGGAAAAGUUUGCGGAACAGUGUUAACCUCUAGAUGACCAAGCUCUUGCUAAAGUUGCGACGCUAACUGCCGUCGUUGAAAGUUUUGCCCCGGGAACAAUUUAGAGAAAAUGGCUCUUAUGCUAAAGGGAAACGAGUCAUGGAAAUUCAUUCAUGCGUAAUUGUUUUAUGGAAUUAGUUCCACGACUUCUGAUUAGUGAGAUGGAAAUCAAUAAAUCUUUUAUCUUUUUUCAUUAGACUAAUGAGUGGUGCAUGGGGCAUUAGUGAUAGUGAACUAAUUAUACACACAUUAAUAUUACUUAUAGAUAAUUGGUUGCUUUCAUUUCUUUGGGGUAAUGAAAGAAGUUUCUUUUAUAAAUGGUAAACAAGCUGAGUGCCAUAUUGUUCACAGCAUAAUUAAUUAAAAGCUGUAAUAGUAGCAGAUACCAUAGACGCCACAUUCAUACAUAUUCGUAAGACUGUAUACAUCCAAUGCUUGUUUUUGAGAGUUGAAUCACCAUGAAUAUUUAUUGUGUCAGAAUUGCUUUACUAUUUUACGUUAGAAUCAUCUUAACAACUUCAUAAUUUAUUAUUCUUCAUUAUUAUUUUUUUAACGUAUUCACGUUGUUAUAUUUACACCAGAUGCAACUAUAAUUAAUUGCUCUUCACCAUACUUAGAUUGCACAGAAGAGAUAGCUAUAUAGGAAAAAGACUAUCUAUCGUUAUAUCUAUGUUUCGCUUCUUGUUUAUUUCUUUUUAUCCACAUAUUUUAUGUAACUGUAUCUCUUCUUUGAAGGGAACAAUAAACACUUUACAUUUAUUCAUGCAUUCAAUCCCGUGGGUAACAUUCGUUAAAGAAUGAGGGUUUUUAGACCGUAUUGGCAUACAAAGGUCUCUGACAGGUUUGCCAAACAACGGUAUUUCGCGCACGAUGAAGCAUGAAAAUGUGACAAUAUUACUAUACGACGCAGACAUGAAUUUUUGAAAUUUCAAGAUUCCAGCCACAUUCUGUAAAAGGUUCCAUAACGAAUAACACCUUUUUACUAUCUAGUAUAGCCUGUUUCGAUGAAACUUUAAUAUAUACAAACAAAUAAAUGAUCCGACUGUAAGACAAUUGAGUUGCUUAUAUGAAUAACAGUUAUUCUAAGAUUUUACAUAUUUAUAUAUGUAUAUAUAUACAUAUUAAUAUAUAUACAUUCUUAUUCCUUUCCUGUUUAGGCUAUUAAACACUGGAACGUACUUCUGUUUGACAUAAGAUCAACCCUAAACAAGCUGGCUUUUAAACACAAAUUGCGCACCUAUUUCUUAGAAAAAUCACAUUCCCUUAACACUUCUCCUGCUAGUUACUCUGUUUGAGUCAUAGAUUGCUAUUUGCUCUUCUAUUACAGUUGUUUUAUCUAAUUGUUUUAUAUAGUAAUAUUUUAUGUACUUAUUUACGCAUGUAUAUAUAUAUUUAUUUAAUAUAUUAGUUAUAUAUUGACAUUAGUCUAUUUAUAUAUUUGUAUUAUAUGAAUAUAUUAAGUAUUGCUUUAUUUUUCCUCUAUUCAAUAAUGCACCGCCUACAUAUUUCUCGGUUUGCCCAAUGGUUGACUGGUAGAGAACACCGUCCAGGGUUAAGUCUGCCAAAUGUCCAUAAAACUUUAGUGUACAUUAAAGUUUAAAUAAAUAUAUUUGUAAUUUUAUUUGUCUAUACUGUAUUACUAACUAUAUAGCUACUAAUAACAUAAUUUAUUAUUUAUCGUAUUAUUUUUUGCACUAUUAUGUUAUGCUUUAUAUAAAAUCUCUACAGACACUUUUUCUUUUCGGGUUCUCAAGAUUGACUGGAAGAAAUCCCUUUAAGGGAUAAGUCCACCUGUGUACAUUUUUGUUAUAACCUUAUAUCUAUAUGUGAAUGAACAAAAGCAAAUAAAUAAGUCUGUUGAUGUCCAAUAGUCAUACAAACAAAAGUCUAUUAAUUAAUUGAAUAUUUCGAUUCAUUACUGAUCUCAUUCAGAGAGUCUUUCUGUGAUAAUUUCAACCAAUUUUUAUUAUCUUUUCAGUUAGUUCUAUUGUAAUGGACUGUUUAUAUUAUAUUGUCGAAAAAUUAUUGUAUAAUGUCAUAUGUGUAGAUAGGUUUAUAUUACACAAAUUUGCUGUGAAUUUAUUCACUGCAGUGCCCUUCACGUGUCUGUGGUUAGGUACAGUUCGCAUGAAUGCGUUACGUUAACGCAAUAUUGGAACGGUUUGCGAUACUGUUGUUUAUCGUUAAUGCAAUAUAGCGCAAUAUGCGCUGAUGUAUGUUACAGCUGUUUAGUACGAAAUUUAAUAAAUAUUUAUAAAAAUAAAUGCCAUAAAAUUACACCCACCGCUUGGUCCUCGAGCAGUAAAUUUUGUGUUAUUACAAACCAAGUGGUGAAUACCUGGAUCUACAUCCAGAACAUCCAGACUCGAGCCAAUUCGCAGGAUUCGUUUCCUAAAUUGUCCUGGGCCUCUAGACAAAUGGCAAAUGAAUUCGUCGAUGGAAUCGAUAUCGCUAGCGAGUCCAUGAGACAGAAUGAGAUAGCAACGCCGGAUGACUCAUUCCAACUUACGACUCGCUAGCGAUAUCGAUUCCAUCGACGAAUUCGCUUGUCACUUGUCUAGAGGGCCUGAUCGAGAAUCGAAUCUGGGAUCUCAAUUGCACAAAGAUAUGCUUACCACACAGGUCGUUAAAUGAAUUAAAAGUCAUCUAUUAUUUUUAACCGACUUUAGAAAAAGGAGUUUCUCAAUUCGGUUGAAUUAUUUAUGUUUGUUAUCUCAUGGUUACAUAUAUCAGUUAUAAACAAAUUUGGAUUUUUGUUAUCUGAAACGAUAUAAUUACAGAUUGGUCGUUUAGAAAUGUUAUCAAAAUCGGUGCAGUAGUUUACUUUUAAAUCAAAAUAACUGGUUUUGUCACAACCGAAGUCGGUUUCUUGGUGAAACAAAAUCUUAAAUUAUUAUAAUGGAAGUAUUUUUAUCCAGUGUUAACCUAUUUUUAUUCAGACUUUUGAAGCUUAUGCUGCACGGCUUGAUGAAUCAGGAUGUAUCCAAGUGUAAGAACUUAAGAACUCAAAUGAAAUCAACCGUGGGAAAUGAAUGAACUCGUAUGUUUCAAAUGUCUAAGAAUUUCCAAACCAUUUGUUGCGUUAAUAUAACGUCACAAAUCUAGUACUAAUAACAAUAACUAUAGGAGUUGGUAUGUUUUGUAUAUAAUUUAUGAUCGGUUAAGUGUUAGUUUGAAUUCGACUUUAUUAUAGUUACAGGAGUGCUCGGUCAUUUUGACUAUUUUAAUAAAAUAUAAAGUGAUAAUGAAAAUUUACAAAUAAUUAUGAGUUAAAAAUAUUAUUAAAUUUAAUUAAUUAUGAAUAAUAUUUAUUGUUCACAGAACGCGUGUUACUGUAUUAUAAUUAUAUCUAUAAUUCGACAUAAUUAUAAUUUCAUGUGUCAAUAAUGAAAUUUAUAAUGAAACAAUGAAGGAUAGAAAUAAAAAGAAAAAUAAUCAUCACGAUCGAGCGAUAUGAAUACAAUAAUUUCUAAAUGACUGACUAUGAGCCUAUCCAAAUCACAUUAGUUAAUAUUUUUAAGUACGAAGUUAACAAAUUAAUCUAUGUACAGAAAACAUUUUUAUGUCGUACAUCGAUUUAAUAAAGUAAAUGCAC